AUGAGGCUCCUGCACGCAAACACAGUCGAGGUGGUGGAGUUCAUGGAUCACAAGGUCCCAAAAUAUGUGAUCCUUUCCCAUACAUGGGUUGACGGACAGGAAGUUACCCUCCAAGAUAUGCAGAACAAUAAAGGGAGAGAGCGAUCUGGAUAUAGAAAAAUUCAACAAGCCUGUGCCCUGGCUCUUGAGAAUGGACAUGGGUAUGCCUGGGUCGACACAUGCUGUAUCGACAAGACCAGCAGCGCAGAGCUAUCAGAGGCCAUUAAUUCAAUGAUGAGCUGGUAUGAGCGGUCAGAAAUAUGCUAUACAUACUUAGCAGAUGUUUCGCCAGGCACCGACAUUCACGACUCAGAAUCCUCAUUUGCGAAGAGUCGUUGGUUCCAACGAGGAUGGACCCUUCAAGAACUCAUAGCCCCAUCGAAGCUCGAAUUUCUCUAUGACGAUUGGUCCAUCAUAUGCGAAAGAGGUUAUAUAGUCGAUGUUAUCACUGAAAUUACCGGUAUAGACCAGACCUUCUUAUCCGCUGCGCCGACUUUGUCAGAAGGCCGUCUGCAAUCUCGUCUCCGUGCAGCAAGCAUCGCCGAAAAGAUGAGCUGGGCUUCGAAACGUAAAACAACUCGGACUGAAGAUACGGCAUAUUGUCUGUUGGGUAUAUUUGGAAUCAACAUGCCUCUACUAUACGGCGAGGGCACAAAUGCUUUUCUGAGACUGCAGGAGGAGAUCAUGAAACGCUCGGAUGAUCAGACAAUACUGGCGUGGGACCUCACAAAAGAUGCUCCAGACGACUCAGGAGUGCUUGCUACGUCUCCGGCUGCAUUUGAGAAUUGCAAAGCCUUUAUCCCUUGCGAUCUGGGCAUCGCUACCCCGCCAUUCCAAAUCACCAACAAGGGCCUACGCAUCGAAAUGCCAGUUUCCAGCGACAGCUUUGGCAAUGGGAGAUAUGGUCUUCUACAGUGCAGGACGAAACAAGAUCCGACGACCAUGAUUGCGAUCCCGUUAGCCAGCGGUCGCAACGGCCUGUAUGUACGAAGCAAGAGGAAGUUAUUAACUCUGAGCUAUCAGUACUGGGGGGCAUGGUCAUUUGCACCAGUCAAUCUACUUCCAAGCCCCUCUUUUGCAAGCAGCAUUGCCCGGCCACCAAGCUAUACGGUGUUCUUGAAGUCAAUUCCAAAGAAUUUCUAUAUCGCGGAAGUCUAUGCGCCAAAUGAACCGCAGCAACCUGACCCAAGAAUCAUCAUGAUUGGUACCCCUGAAGAUGAGGACAAAGUUUUCAGUAGAGUCGCUUUCGUUCUAAUCAAGAGUUCUGUCAAAGAUGAAGAACAAAUUGUUGUAAGAAUCCUGAUAGAGUCAGUACCAAAGAAGGGGCCGGUUAGGACAGAAUCUCAACCCGAGGCCACCGUCAAAUUCGUCAAAGAUUAUAAAGGAACCAUUUUUGACGGUGUAUCCCUGGCAAGUUCGUGGGAUAGUUGCAGAGAUCCAAUCUAUCCGACCUGGAUGCGAAAGCAAGAUAAGGUUUACAAGAUUACGUUGAACCGCGAGUACCACUUUGGAAAGUCGCUUUUUGUUUUGGAACUUACGGAAGAGGAUAUUAAAUCCGACGCAGAGGCCGCUAUUUUUCUCUGGAUCGAUGAGGAUGACUUUUUGAAUCUGCCGCCUGCCUUGCGACUCAUAAGUUAUUCUGCUCGGACCACCGUUCAAACCGUAGCUCUGCUACUUUCCACUCAGCUUGGAUAUUCCCAUUGGUCGUUGAUUCCUUGA